AAAACCCGCAACCAGCCUCGAGAGCGCGCGUGAUUGAUGUUGUAGUCGUGCUGUGGAUCAAACGAUUGGUCCAGAGAGCUGCAUUUUGGUGCUGUGAUAUCGCCUGAUCCGGUGCACUGCAAGUUCUUGCAAGCGUAAGCCCACAGAGAUGCGCAAGCUCCUCCUCCUCCUCGCCGCCGCAGCGACGGCCGACGACGCCGCGAUCAUCGAAGGCCGGAAGUUCGCGAUCUUGCUCGCCUCGAACGUGCCGGACCAAAACCCGGGGAAAGUCGCGCUCGCGAGGGACAAACACGGCGUCCGCGGCCUCAUCGCGGCGCAGCCCUUCGCCGCCGGCGACGUGCUGCUCGCCGUGCCGCUCGACCGCUGUCUGGUCGAGACGCGCGACCUGCCGGCCUCCCUCAAGAACGCGCCGGCGGCGCUCACGUGGGAUAUUAGGUUGGCCCUGCAGCUGCACGACGCGAUUUUGACGCCGGACGAUCCAUUCUGGGUCGAGUACGGGACGUUACUCCCAAAGGUCGAGGAGAUGGGGCUGCCCCUGCUGAAGCGCGGCGCAGAGCUUGAUAGUUUGGGGCCGGAGCUCGCCGAGCCGGCGCGCCAGCAGCAACAUAGGUUGCGAGAGCUCGACUUCCCGCGGGAGGUCCUGCCCGCGCUCGACGCGCCGGACGACGCCUGGCCGGGGACGCUGCCGUGGGCGUGGGCGCUCGUGCGGUCGCGCGUCUUCGGCGCCACUUCUACCCAGGUCAGCUUCGACGACGGCACGUCGGGCACGACGGACCGCUUCGCCUUCGUGCCCUUCGUGGACAUGGCGAACCAUCAUGCUGAAGGGUCCGCGGUCGUCGACGCGGGCGACUUUUUCAUCCGGCUGCGCGCGGCGCGGGACCUGGCGCCGGGCGACGCCGUGACGAUUUCGUAUGGGGACAUCGACCGGCGGCAGCACUACGCGCUCUACGGGUACUGGAAGCCUGAAACGGCUGGGCGCGGCGACUUGUGAUUUCUAACGACAACUAGUG